UAUGUAGUUAACGUCGAGUAGAGUUAAUAUGAUUUGGUUCAGUAUAUUCCCAAAGUUUAUCUGUUUAGCUAUCGAUUAAGCAUUUACUUGUUUUAAGAUAGUUUGAGUUUAAAAUGUUCAAUAAUGGCGGAGUUAUUGAUAAAUGUGGUUCUUGUUUGUUUUAUAAAUAUCAACUGUGUAUUAACUGACGAAAGAAGUAGUCGUGAAGAAACAAUUAAUGUUAAAACACCUGCCUUUUCUCCCGAUGAAAGGUACCAGGACUUGUUUCCGCUGACCAGUGAAAACUUCACCCAGACUUUGUUAAGAAAUCAAGAUCCGUGGAUAGUUAUUUUUCAUGAUGGGUAUGUGGAAAAAGAGUGGAAGACAGUGGCAACACAUCUUCGAGGUUUAUGUUGGUUUGGUCUGAUAGAUGUAACGACUGAGAGAGACUUAAUAGAUUCGCUGGAAUACGACAAUUCUCAAGGACCUGCGAGAUUUUAUCCAUACGGAGAUAGAAAAACGAAGGAAAGAAAAUGGCGUUUGGUAAAUAGCCAGAACGAGGCUCGCACGGCAGCUCUUGCAUCACUUCCGGAUAAAACACAAAGGAUUUCAGGAGACAGUAUACGAGACCUGCUGCUUGAAUGCUUUACGUCACGGCCAUCGAAAUUUCCGGCUUAUAUAAUUACAGACGAAGACGAGACACCCUCUGUAUUUAAAGCUAUUGCUAAAAGGUUUGAAAAAUAUUUUCUGUUUGGAAAAGUUGUUCGCCCGACUAGCGAGGAUUUACGUAAGCUUGGACUCAAGGACAUGUACAUCAACCCGCCGGAAUUAUUUGUAAUUAUCACUGAAAACGGAAAAGCAGAAAAAAUUGAUGCUAUCAGAUUUGAAGUCGACAAAUUCGGGAAAAUGAAUUACACUGCUAUAAUGCAGUUUCUUUUCGCUGUUAAUGGGAACUUUAGGCAUGAACUACCGGGCGACAACAUGGCACAACAUCAACAGGAAGCGGAAAUGGCUGAUAUUAUAAAAAUUGAGGAGAGGCGGUUUGAAAUCUUACGCGAUAAUGAAGACCACGCAGAUGCAAAACCACACUUUGAGGAAGAACAAAAUAACUUCAAUUUUAAAGUGACCAAACACGUUGGAUUGAAGGAUGAACUGUAGACAAACACUAAAGUAACAUAUAAUGGUAGACAUGAAAACAUUCGUUUAUUAUUAGAUCAUGAAUUGAUAAGCCGGCAACAUAUCUUUUCUUAAAUUAUCUUAAAGAUUCAAAUUGUCAUAAAGAUUCAAAUUGUUUUAUUCAUAAAAUGAAUCCGUUUUUUUUUUGUAAUUGUUUUCUCCGCUUUUCUUAAACCAUUUGACAUUUUAGCAUAAUCAGUUCUAUAUGUGAAUGAAAAUUGAUCAGCUCAAAUUCCCUAUUCAUGCAAUGUUUCAUAUAUUCAGAAUUACAAAGUAUUAUAAAACAUUUUUAGCUCAGAUCAAAAUCAUUAUAAUGAUAUUUAACUGUACAGUAUCUUUCAAAUUGUUGUAAAUUUCCCCCAUCUUCUCGA